AUGUUCGAUAAUCGCUCAAACUUCGACGAGAAGGAGGGAAUUCGGAGAAAUAUGCGUGGUCCAGAUGAGGGCUUCUUUGCCCGUGACGAGCGAUUUGCCUCAAUAAAGAUUCUCUGGCCGUUGCAUGCUCUUACAAACACUGUAGUGCCCUGGCAGGGACAACCCUUGGUCCAAUCCCACUUCAUCAUGGUAGCUCGUUGCCCGCAAACUGGACGAGCAGCUCCGGUCGUGCCUUUGAAACCGGAAACAGAAGCGGAAAUCAGGAAUUAUAAAUUGGCAGAAAAGCUUAAUAAGUACCGAAAACAGUCGGACAACCUGAACGUCUUCAAACUGCGUCCUACCGUCGAAGAGAUGGCCCAAAUCCACGAUAAUUACUUAAAAACGGCAGAUCAAAAGCAUGAGCUUGGAUCGAGAUCGCUCCCGGAAAACAGCGUCUGGAUGAAGAACACCAAGUUGAAGUCGAUUCUCAUUUGCCAGCCCGAGUCAAGGAACAUCCACAACAAAAUCUUCGGAGGAUGGCUGAUGCGCCAGUCUCUGGAACUAGCUUGGUCUGUAGCGUGUACUGUAUCGAAAGGAAAGCAUAGAAUCAUCUUCAUCGACGACAUCCUGUUCAAAGCACCCGUAGAGAUAGGUUCCAUUCUCUUCCUACACGCGCAAGUCAUCUACUCGAAAGAAAAUAAGUUCCAGGUGCGGGUACGGGUGGAAAAGCGAGAGCACACAGAAAUGAAUGAGCCGGGUGUGUUCACCAACGAAAUGCAGCUUACAUUUGAGGCCGACGAAGAUGUCCCCCAGGUGAUGCCCGAAACAUACGCAGAAUCAAUUCUAUAUCUCUCCGGCAGACGUCACUUCAAGCUCCACAACAAAUAA